UAUUUAUCACAGCAGAAGAGCUCGAAGAAGAAAUCCAAAGGACUCCGAUGAGAUAACUUUCCUCCUUUUAAAACAAAUAAUUCGUUAUUAGAUAAACUAUAACCAACGAAAUGAGCAAAUUAUUCAGAAUGGUCAUCCUCGGAGCGCCGGGAUCGGGAAAAGGGACGAUAUCCAGCAGAAUUGUCCGGGAUUUUGGGUUAAAACACCUGUCAAGUGGAGAUUUACUCAGGGCACAGAUCCUCAAGAAAACCGAAAUUGGCCUAGCUGCGCAGUCUUACAUGAAAAGUGGGCAGCUGGUGCCUGAUGAUGUUAUGGUGAAACUUAUAUCCACGGAGCUAUCAGGGUUGAACUCCUCACCCUGGCUCCUGGACGGCUUUCCACGCACACGUCCACAGGCUGAGGCUCUGCACAACAAUCAGAAGCUUGAUCUGGUCCUGAGCCUUGAAGUGCCUGAUGACGUCAUAGUGGACCGCAUUAAGGGUCGCUGGACCCACCUCGCUUCAGGAAGGAUCUAUCACACUGAGUUCAAUCCGCCUAAAGUUCCGGGCAAAGAUGAUGUUACAGGAGAACCCUUAGUUCAAAGGGAAGAUGACAAACCUGAGUCAGUACGGCAUCGCUUGGAGGUAUAUGCUACCAACACAAAGCCACUGAAGAAAUUCUAUGAGGACCUGGGCAUCCUGCAAGUCUUUCACGGAACGGAAUCCAACGAGAUCUGGCCUCGUGUGCACAAGUACAUGCAGGGGCACAUUCCGGCCAAGAGUGGCCCUUUCUAAGCCUGGGAAGAUGUCAGGAGACUUUCCGAGUUCUCUUUCUCCCAACACAGCCUGAAGCUGCUGGAUAGCUGAACCGCAGAGUGCUAUUACAUUAAUUACAAAUGUGCUUUGUUGUUGCUUAUUUGUUACUUAUUUUGUUUUUUGAUUAAUCAUUACCAAUGGUGUGAUGUGUAAUAAAUAGAUAGAGUGCCAGUUCGCAUUGUUUAGAAUUAUUUCUGUUAAAGGGGAAAUCAGCAUUUUGAUUGGCACACAUUAUGAUAGAUGAAAGUAUUGUUACAGCUGAUACUGUAAUCAAGGUUUCUAGUUUUGAUUAUUAGAAAUGGCAAUUCUAUUUUAUGCUACACAUCUUUUCUUUUCACUUAGAAAUGUUUGUUUUGUUUGUUGUUACUCAGAUAUAUAUUUUGCAUGAGGAAUAAUCAUUCAGGUCUAUUUUUUAAGUAUCACAUUGGUGCAUAUGCCUGGUGCUGCAGUUAUUGUGUAAGGGCUAAGCUAUAUAAUUUGUGUCAUAUAAGCUAUAUCAUUUGUGUUCUAUAGAAGUAUACAGUAUAUUUCUGUUAUUUUGGGUAAAUCCAUCACAAGACAUUAAACCCUUUUAUUUU